AUGAAUUGGCUUCCAGAUGGAGGUGGAGGUGGAGACAACGGGCACAUGCAAGGGCAGCACCUUCUGCAACUGCUAUUGGGAAUUAUCCAAUGGAUAGAUCCUCCUGACACUGUUUCAAAAGAAAUUGAAUGUGGGAAAAGUGAAAGCGAGUUACUUGAUGGUUGUCGUGCUUUGUUAUCCAUAGCAAAUGUAACUACACCGCUAGUGUUUGAUCAGCUCUUGAAAUCCAUGAGGCCUUUUGGCACUGUUAGCCUGUUGUCUGCCUUGAUGUGUGAAGUUGUUAAACAUCUCAUGGUGAAUUACACUGAAGAAGAAACAUGGAGUUGGGUGGCACGCGAUAUCUUGUUAGAUACUUGGACUGCACUUCUCAUCCCUAUGGAUAGUGCUGGUAACAAUAUAUUGUUUCCGCCAGAAGGGGUCAAUGCUGCAGCCAAUCUCUUCGCCUUAAUUGUAGAGUCUGAAUUAAAGGCUGCUUCAGCAUCGGCCUCCACUGAUGUGAAUGACUAUGACUACCUUCAGGCUUCUAUAGCUGCUAUGGACGAACGGUUAAGCUCUUAUGCUCUUGUUGCACGAGCCGCUAUAAACAUCACAGUUCCUUUGCUCACAAGACUGUUUUCUGAACGUUUUGCAAGGCUUCAUCAGAGCUCUGUUUGUGCUGUGGUAUAA